AUGGCCUGUAUUACUUGUCCUAUUAGGGAGUCUAGUCCUGUUUAUCAAAGCAGGAAAGGACGCAGUCCACGUACUAUCGGUCCUGUUCUGAAGCAGGAUUCGGAUAGUUUUCCGACUCCGAGUCUCUCUAGGACUCCGAGCCGUCAUGUCUCGCGAACUAUACCCAUCAAACCUCCAACUUCACCGCCUUCAUCUGACACGCCCUACGAUUCAUCCGAUGAUGAUAUCAUCGGACCUAUUACACCUCCCGCGAUACUUCACCACCUGUCUAAUUAUGCGAAGAGCGCAAAGAAAAGACCCAAGCCCUACCAAAGAAGUGUUCCCAACGUAAUAGAGCGCCUCUGUGGUGAGGAGUGUUCGGGGUGCACUCGCCCCAAGGAUUUGCCGAGUGAUCAAAGGGAAAGCACUCGAUUGCAACGUAGAUUGAAGAACCUGACCCCCGUGGCCCUCGCCCAUGCCGUGAUCGCGAUCCAAGCUGACAUUGAAUGGAGGCGCGUGCAUGCUAUAGCAGCUGCUUUGCACGUCGACGCGGUCCAGAAACAUUCCAUGUUUCUUGAUGUAACUGCUAAGAGUGAAGCUGAAACAUACGUCAAUGCUGUUUCGGAACCAUUUGAAGCCGCUUGCGAGUCGCUUGCUAGUCAUACAACUGACGAGCUCAACGAUCACAGAAAUUGUACUAUUGCCGCGUACGAGCUUGAUGAGAUGUCGUUCACUGCUGCCGACACAGAGUUUGAUCAUUUUGAAAAUAUCGCGUUGACUGUCCUGGACUCGGAUGGUAGCACCACCAGUUCGGACGAAGAACUUUUUGACGAUAACUGA